AUGUCCGUCGUCUCCGACUCAUUUUCCGAAGAGGAGCGAAGCUUAUUCCGUCCAUUCACAAGAGAGUCGUUGGCAGUUAUACAAGCUCGAAUCGCAGAAGAACAUGCUAAACAGAAGGAGCUCGAAAAGAAAAGAGCUGAGGGAGAGACCGGCUUUGGACGGGGGACAAAGAAAAAAGAAAUUCGGUAUGAAGACGAGGACGAAGAUGAAGGGCCACAGCCCGACCCGACCUUGGAACAGGGCUUGCCACUACCAGUACGUUUGCACGGGAGUUUUCCACCGGAACUGGCGAGCACACCACUUGAAGACAUCGAUCCUUUUUACCACAACCAAAUGACUUUCGUAGUAAUUAGUAAAGGAAAGGAUAUAUUCCGAUUCAGCGCAACAAAUGCUAUGUGGAUGCUUAAUCCAUUCAAUCCUAUACGCCGGGUAGCAAUUUAUAUUUUAGUGCAUCCUUUGUUUUCUCUAUUCAUCAUCACCACCAUCCUUGUCAACUGCAUCCUCAUGAUAAUGCCCACGACACCGACUGUUGAAUCAACCGAGGUGAUAUUUACUGGUAUUUAUACAUUCGAGUCAGCAGUCAAGGUGAUGGCCAGAGGUUUUAUACUUCAACCGUUCACCUACCUUAGAGAUGCAUGGAACUGGCUAGACUUCGUAGUCAUAGCUUUAGCCUAUGUUACUAUGGGCAUAGACCUCGGAAAUCUUGCUGCCUUGAGAACUUUUAGGGUACUGAGAGCCUUGAAAACUGUUGCCAUAGUUCCAGGUCUCAAAACCAUCGUUGGUGCUGUCAUUGAAUCAGUAAAAAAUCUACGAGAUGUGAUAAUUUUAACGAUGUUUUCCCUUUCUGUUUUCGCGCUUAUGGGUUUGCAAAUUUAUAUGGGAGUCCUGACGCAGAAAUGUAUAAAAAAUUUUCCAAUGGAUGGCUCCUGGGGAAAUCUCACUGAUGAAAAUUGGGACAGAUUCAUGUCGAACGAAACAAAUUGGUACUUCGACGAAGUGAAAGGGGAGAUACCAUUAUGCGGGAAUUCUUCAGGAGCCGGACAAUGCAAACCAGGAUACACAUGUUUACAAGGUUAUGGAGACAACCCAAAUUAUGGUUACACAAGUUUUGACACGUUCGGUUGGGCUUUCCUUUCUGCCUUCAGACUUAUGACUCAGGAUUAUUGGGAGAAUUUAUAUCAACUGGUUCUGCGAUCAGCUGGGCCUUGGCACAUGUUGUUCUUCAUCGUGAUCAUAUUCUUAGGUUCGUUCUAUUUGGUUAACCUGAUUUUGGCCAUCGUCGCCAUGUCUUACGACGAGUUACAAAAGAAGGCCGAAGAGGAGGAAGCUGCCGAGGAGGAGGCUAUAAGGGAAGCCGAGAACAAAGCACAAGAAAAGGCUAACAGGGCUGGAGCAAGAGCGGCGGCUGCGCAACAGGCAGCGGACGAUGCGGCUGCUGCAGCUGCAGCCGCAGCGGCCGGCUUCAUAAAAUCACCCUCCGACUUCUCGGACCACAGUUACGAGCUCUUCGUCGGCCAGGAGAAGGGCUACGACGACAACAACAAGGAAAGAAUAAGCAUAAGAUCCGAAGGAUUAGAUUCUGUGAGUGAACAAAGAAGAAUCCCUACCAAUCCAAACAAGAUGCGGAAAGUCAGCGCUGCAAGCCUAAGUCUUCCAGGCUCUCCAUUCAAUCUUCGACGUGGUUCACGAGGUAGUCACCAGUUUACCAUGAGAAGUAAUAGAAGAAUGGUAGCGCCACCAAGUGAUCGAAAGCCUUUAGUUUUGUCAACAUACCUGGAUGCACAAGAACAUUUGCCUUAUGCCGAUGACUCCAAUGCCGUCACACCCAUGAGUGAAGAAAAUGGUGCUAUGGUCGUUCCAUUAUAUUACACGAAUCUUGGCUCUCGCCAUUCUUCUUAUACCUCGCAUGCGUCACGAAUGUCAUAUACCUCUCAUGGCGAUUUACUUGGAGGUUUCGGAAGUAACGGCAAGGUCAUGACGAAGGAAAGUCAACUCAGGGGUCGAUCUAAAAGGAAUGGACCUACCUCUACUAACAAUUACACGGAGCUCGCUCAGAAAACACACCGGGGAGAUUAUGAUGGACCAACUGGGCAGCUGUGUGAAAAUAAGCUGAAAGACAAUCCAUUUGUUGAUUCCUCCCAACAGCAAACCAUGGUUGAUAUGAAAGAUGUUAUGGUCCUGAAUGAUAUUAUCGAGCAAGCUGCUGGACAGCAAAGCGUCGCUAGUGAGCACGGAGUUUCUGUUUAUUAUUUCUCAGCCAAAGAUGACGAUGAGGAAGAAGAGCCUACGUUCAGAGAACGUUUUCUAGAGACAGCAAUCAAGAUUAUCGAUAUGUUUUGCGUUUGGGACUGUUGUUGGUGUUGGCUACAGAUUCAGAAAUAUGUAGCACUUGUUGUUUUCGAUCCAUUUGUUGAACUUUUCAUCACACUCUGCAUUGUCGUGAACACACUAUUUAUGGCGCUGGAUCACCAUGAUAUGGACAAAGAUCUUGACAAGGCACUGAAGAGUGGUAACUAUUUCUUCACAGCCACGUUCAUGAUUGAAGCGACGAUGAAACUGAUAGCUAUGAGUCCGAAAUAUUAUUUUCAAGAGGGAUGGAACAUAUUUGAUUUCAUCAUCGUAGCUCUAUCCUUGCUGGAACUGGGUCUGGAAGGUGUUCAGGGUUUGUCCGUAUUGCGUUCGUUCAGAUUGCUGAGGGUCUUCAAACUGGCGAAGUCCUGGCCAACCCUCAAUUUACUUAUUUCCAUCAUGGGAAGAACGAUGGGUGCUUUAGGUAAUCUAACAUUCGUGCUGUGCAUUAUUAUUUUCAUCUUUGCCGUCAUGGGUAUGCAGUUAUUUGGUAAAAACUAUACAGAUAAUAUGGAUAGAUUUCCUGACGGGGAUCUUCCAAGAUGGAAUUUCACCGAUUUCAUGCAUUCUUUCAUGAUAGUAUUCAGGGUGUUAUGUGGAGAAUGGAUAGAAUCUAUGUGGGAUUGUAUGCUAGUAGGAGAUGUAUCUUGUAUACCUUUUUUCCUUGCUACCGUUGUUAUCGGAAAUCUUGUGGUGCUCAACCUUUUCUUAGCCUUGCUUUUGAGUAAUUUUGGAUCGUCCAAUCUAUCGGCACCUACCGCUGAUAACGACACAAAUAAAAUAGCAGAGGCCUUUGACAGAAUCGGUCGGUUUAUAGGAUGGAUCAAGGGUAGCGUUUCACAUAUCGCAAAAGUGAUAAGGUUCAAGCUUACGAAUCAAAUAAGUGAUCAGCCUCCAGGUGAGGGACCAUCCAACAGUUGGAAACAAGAUGCGAGAGAUGGGGUUCUCGAAAUGUCUGGUGAUGAGAUUCUGGCCGAUGGUAUGAUAUUUAAAAAUAAGAAAAGCACAAAAGAUCGGUUGGAAGUAACCAUCGGAGAUGGCAUGGAGUUCACCAUUCACGGUGAUUCGAAGACGAACUUUAGGAAAGGCAAAAACAAUAUCAAUAAUAAAAUGAAAGCAAUAGGUAAUUCCAUUUUAGAGCAUGGCGAUUUAUUCGCCAAUUUAGACGACGAUGAAAUCAGUAUCAAAUCGUAUGGGAGUCAUAAGCACAGGUUCAAAGAAGAAAGUCAUAAGGGCAGUGCAGAUGUACUGGACGAUCACGAGGAGAAAAGAGAUGCUUGUAAGGAAGAAUUGGGCAUCGAAGAAGACCCAGACGAAGAAGAAUGCGACUGCGAGGGUCCCCUAGACGAAGACCUUAUAAUAGAUGCAGCAACGGAAGACAUCAUACUGGACGAAUAUUCAGCAGACUGCUUCCCGGAAAACUGCUACAAACGAUUCCCAUUCUUGGCAGGUGACGAGGAUUCGCCAUUCUGGCAAGGAUGGGCGAAUCUGAGGUUCAAAACGUUCGAAUUGAUCGAGAAUACGUAUUUCGAGACGGCUGUCAUAACGAUGAUCCUACUCAGCAGUUUGGCGUUAGCGUUAGAAGAUGUACAUUUACAGCACAGGCCUAUACUACAAGAUAUUCUUUAUUAUAUGGAUAGGAUUUUCACCGUUAUAUUUUUCUUCGAGAUGUUGAUAAAAUGGCUUGCGCUGGGUUUCCAGAAAUACUUCACGAACGCAUGGUGCUGGCUGGAUUUUAUAAUUGUUAUGGUAUCGUUAAUAAACUUCGUGGCAUCUCUUUGCGGGGCUGGAGGUAUUCAGGCAUUCAAAACAAUGAGGACACUCAGAGCUUUGAGGCCGUUGCGCGCCAUGUCAAGGAUGCAAGGUAUGAGGGUGGUGGUGAACGCUUUGGUACAAGCCAUACCAUCCAUCUUCAAUGUGCUGUUGGUGUGCUUGAUAUUCUGGCUAAUAUUUGCCAUCAUGGGAGUACAGCUUUUUGCAGGGAAAUAUUUCAAGUGCGUUGAUGCGAAUAAAUCCUCAUUGAGCUACGAGAUUAUUCCAGACUACAACGCAUGCGUGGCAGAAAAUUACACUUGGCUCAAUUCACCAAUGAACUUCGAUCAUGUCGGAAAGGCAUACUUGUGCCUGUUUCAAGUAGCCACUUUCAAAGGAUGGAUACAAAUCAUGAACGAUGCUAUAGAUUCUAGAGAAGCCUUAAAACAACCAAUCAGAGAAACCAAUAUUUAUAUGUACCUGUAUUUUGUAUUUUUCAUCAUAUUUGGCUCGUUCUUCACUCUCAACCUGUUCAUAGGAGUAAUCAUCGAUAACUUCAACGAGCAGAAGAAAAAGGCAGGAGGAUCGCUGGAGAUGUUCAUGACUGAAGAUCAGAAAAAGUACUACAAUGCGAUGAAGAAAAUGGGUUCGAAGAAACCGAUGAAGGCUAUACCGAGGCCUCGGUGGAGGCCACAAGCCAUCGUGUUCGAAAUAGUGACAAACAAGAAGUUCGACAUGAUCAUAAUGUUGUUCAUUGGACUGAACAUGUUGACCAUGACAAUGGAUCACUACCAGCAAGAGCUCACAUUCACAAGGGUGCUGGACGCACUAAACAUGAUAUUUAUAGUUAUUUUCAGUACCGAGUGCCUCAUGAAAAUAUUCGCUCUUCGUUAUCAUUAUUUUACGGAACCAUGGAACUUAUUCGAUUUAGUAGUUGUGAUUUUAUCAAUAUUAGGACUGGUACUGAGUGACUUGAUAGAGAAAUAUUUUGUGUCUCCUACAUUGUUGAGAGUGGUUCGUGUAGCGAAGGUCGGACGUGUUUUGCGAUUGGUAAAAGGGGCAAAGGGCAUCCGCACACUGCUUUUUGCACUAGCCAUGUCACUGCCUGCACUGUUUAACAUAUGUUUACUACUGUUCCUGGUCAUGUUCAUUUUCGCCAUUUUCGGGAUGUCUUUCUUCAUGAACGUGAAGGACAAGAGUGGACUCGACGACGUCUACAACUUCAAGACUUUCGGACAAUCCAUGAUCCUCCUAUUUCAGAUGUCCACGUCGGCGGGUUGGGACGGAGUCCUGGACGGCAUAAUAAACGAAGAGGACUGCAAGCUGCCAGACAACGAGAUAGGCGAAACCGGGAACUGCGGAAACUCAACAAUAGGCAUCGCUUUCCUCCUCAGUUACCUCGUGAUCUCGUUCUUGAUCGUCAUCAACAUGUACAUCGCGGUGAUAUUGGAGAACUACUCCCAGGCGACGGAGGACGUGCAGGAGGGUUUGACAGACGACGACUACGACAUGUACUACGAAAUAUGGCAACAGUUCGAUCCGGAUGGGACUCAAUACAUACGUUACGAUCAACUGUCCGACUUUCUUGACGUGCUCGAGCCGCCCUUGCAAAUCCACAAGCCGAACAAGUACAAAAUUGUCUCGAUGGAUAUACCGAUUUGCAAGGGCGACCUCAUGUUCUGUGUAGAUAUACUAGACGCCCUUACCAAAGACUUCUUCGCACGUAAGGGCAAUGCGAUCGAAGAGACUGCCGAAUUAAAUGAAGUGCAAUCCAAACCCAACGAGCAGGGCUACGAGCCCGUCAGCUCGACGUGCUGGAGGCAGAGGGAAGAAUACUGCGCCAGGCUGAUACAGAACGCCUGGCGCAAGCAUAAGCAGAACCGGGGCGAAGGGCCGACAAGUCGGUCCGACGACUCUGGAGCCGACACCAAGUCCGAGGGCGAAGGAGAGGUGGGAGGUCGCCAGACCGCCGUCCUCGUCGAGAGCGACGGCUUCGUCACAAAAAACGGCCACAAAGUCGUGCUACACAGUAGGACUCCAAGUAUCAGCUCCCGUUCUGCUGAUGUUUGAGAAAGGCCUCGCCCCUCCCUGACCUUCUCUUAGCCAGGUCUAUACACCCAAGUGACCACAGAAUAGUUUAUCCUGGACAAAUUUGUAUCAUUUUAUACAUCGAAUAUGUGCAAUACUACAUAUACCCUUUUAGCGUUGUGUUGUUUUUCAAUUGAGUCGCGAAUUCGUCCAAGAUAAAUUGUGGCUUCAGUUUGUGCUGUGUAGUUUGAUGAAGAAGAUAUCAGUCAUUUCUAUGAAGUUGACGCCUGGCUUAAGGUGAAACAUUUCAACGGGUUCACUUCGACUGACAAGCAAAUUAUACGCAGAUCGGAAACUCCUAAUCUUUCUGCCGUUGAAAAUUCACUCAAAACAAAAGGACCCGCCUAUAACGAGGCCACGAGCAACUAGUAUAAAGAGCUCAGCAUGAAGCCAGUUCGCUAUAUGUUGUGCUCGUUAUACCAGUUGCUCCUCAUAGGCUUCUAUGAGCUUAAAUCGUAGAAAAAGUAAAAAAACCAACUGGAAUUACAUUCACAAAGUAACUCGAGAAGUUACCGCUUAUCUGUUGUACCCGUUAUAUGCGGAUCCUGCUGUAUUUUUUUUUUAAUCGGGGUAUACGAUCUGGAUUUGUGUCUUAUAUCACGAACUAGCAAAUGUUAGUCUGUUUUUCAUUGAGCCAGGCGUCGAGAUCACCGAGACAGUUAAAUUUAUUAGUAACCAUCACCUCUACACGAACACAACCAUAUUGUUUCUCAUUCAUGAAACGCUGCUCAUUUCCAGACUUCGUUUCGAUUCAUUUUCGAAAAUUAAUCCAGUCGAGCAGCGGCAAAAUAUAUCGCAGAUGAAUCCAUUAAUUCCCGAUCUUAUUCACUCGUUUCAAUGAAAUUCAUACACCUUUUUUCGGCCGUUUCAGAAUGAGUUGUUUGCAUACAGUGAAUACUAGGGAUGUGAAAGUCAAUUCUUUUUUUAUUGCUUUGAAUUUUUUGCGUGGACAAAAAAUAUUUUGUACAUAUACACUAUUUGUCAUCUUAUUCCACUAUGUCGGAUGAAUAAACUCUCGAUGUUGGGGGGGAAACGGUGCAGUCGUGGUUGGAAAAACGAAGAAUGCGAUGGAUCAAACAGUUCCCAAGUAUUUCCAUAAGUUUUUCUUUUCCGAUCGCGGGUUAAUGCACCGUUUUCUCACUUGGCAUUGAGUUAUCAAUAUUACAUAUUCAACACAACUCAGAGAUAGAGCACAACAUUAAAGCAAUUUUGAAGAGGACUGAUAAAUUUAUGUCUAAUUGUAUGAUAGUUAUGGUGCUUUAUUAAAAUGCUAUUAUAUAUUAAAGCUAUCUUCACUUACUACAUGUAUCGCAUGACGGAAGGAGGGGCGAAAGAAAAUGCAAAUUUAUCAAAUUGUAUGCCUACCACAAUAGUUAUUCACACAGUGUUAUGCGUGACAUUUUUCAAAUAACUGCUAGCACAACCUCAGAACUAUAAAGACGUGUGCUUAAAUUUAUUUCAGCAUUCGAUGAGGUGAACACCAACAAGCACAAAUCAUUUUUUGGAUAUGAUCGCAUUUGUAGCAACACAGAAACUGACAGACGCCUUAACUAUAACUCCAUUUCCAUUAACAAAAAAAAAAAAAUGUCACUCAUAUAUUUUCAGAAUUAUUUAAGCGUAUUUGUGCAAUGUUCAUAUCGAUCUUUUCACGCCCCUGUUGUUCAAUAUUUUCGGUGGCGAUACAAAUUUUAAUAGUUUUCCAUUUAUUGGUUGUUGAGAGAAGUGCUAUUGUUCCCAGAUAGCAUAUUUCGCAUGAGUUUUCUACAAUUUGACUUAGCAAAAGAAGCAGCUCGAUGGAAUCCGAAACCCAUACAACCCCUUAGGUUGUGUUAAACAAUUUUGUUUGUUAGAAAAACUUGGGGGGCUAGAAAACAAGUUCCAAGCUCCAAAAGUUCAAUUCACACCUCAUUUAAACUUAAAUAUUGUGCUGAUGUAUAAAGCAAUCGGGGUUACUGUAGCAUUCGAUGUAUCAAUAAGAAAUUCAUCCACCAAAACCUAGGUGAUUCUUCCAGAAUGUUGGAUAAAGUGAAUCAUAAAUGUGAAAAUUUCAUCUAAUGCGACAGUAACUGAAUUUAUAAUCAUAUUAUUUCAUUAAUUUUUUCUUCGUCAUAAUAAAUGAGUGAUAAAUAAUCACGAACAUUAUAUAAACUAUUACGAAUUCCGAUAUUAAAUCAUCCAAGUCUUAUGUAAUUCGCAAGAAAUAUUCUACAGUAAUUGGCGAUAGAUCAUUAAUGAAUGUAAAUAAGAGCAUGUUCAAUUGUUAUAGAAAUAUUAGUUCAAAUGGAUUUCUUAUGAAACCUGAACUUUGAUGGGAAGAAUUCAAUUGAAGCUUUUCAAUGACUGUGAUUUUUUAGUGAAUUACAAUUUUAUACAUAUGUUCAGCCUUGAUAUUGCUUUGUUAGGAUUGCGUUAAGAAUACAAAACCUUGAAAGGAAAUGUGUUUUCUUCUCUUCGGAUAUUUUCAGGUUGUAGAUCAAGAACAGCUUCUGAUACGAGCUAAUCAUUAAUAUGUAGGAUAAAUAUUGGAAUAUUGAAACUGAAGGAUGUUUCUUGUUUAUUUGAGAGCAUAGAAGCUGCUUUUCUAUUAUUUUUAGGUAAUUCUGAAAGAUUUUCAACUUUCUUUUAAAUGUACUCAUUUCCUAUAGGAAUUUUUGUUGAUAGGAAAUUUAUAACCUGUUGUUGUUUUACUGAAUCUCGAUAAUUUUAAUAGUGUUAUUCUUUUUGUGUUAACUUAAAAAAUAACAAAUAUUUCAAACUACAUGGUGCUGUGAAAAUUUUUUAUGUGUUAUAUAUGAAUUCUAUAUAAUGGUCAUUACUAAUUUCACUGGAAGGCUUGAAGUAGUACAUGACCUUUGAUUCAUGAACAAUGUUAUUCUUUUUGAGUAGGUAUUAAAAAUGGAAAUUCAGGGGAGAACCAACAAUUAAUCAACAAUAACUUCCAGAAAGUGUUAUCCCUAGCAAUUAUUGCUAUGAUAUAGCAGUCGAAUUGAGAAAAAAUUUCGAAGACAUUGUAUUAUGUACCACUGUGUAAAUGAAUUUGCAAUCGCUCAAUUGUAUUUCCAAUUUGAAGCAAUUCAUAGUUUUCGAUUUACGUUAAAAUCUUUCCGUACAAACAUUACAUGGUGGUACAUACGUCACAUGUUUGAAUUUUUGCUGAUUCUGUACAAUACGACAAUUUUAGCUGAAAGACUAGAAUAAUAUCAACUUGAGACAUUUUCAUAUUAUAUCGAAUCUAGAUUGCUUCAGCUAUUUUUGUCACCCAAUAAAUUUUUCUCAGCUAUAAGGAGGAGAAUGUCAAACGAAAGGGUAGCUUGGUGAAAAUGAAAUUUUUAAUAUUCUUUCAAUUCACUUAUGAGCACAUUAUAUAAAAUUAAUCUGUAAGAAUUCGUAUCUGAUCUGCAAUGUAAAGACUUCAAGCUUUAUAUUUUUCAGUUGGGAGGAAACUUUUGAAAACAGUUAAGAUAUUGAUUCAGCUGUACUCUUGAAUAUGAUAGAACCAAGAAGGAGAAAUGAUCUUCAAGCUUAUUAACUCUUCUGAUCAACGGGGAAUUAAUGUUUCCCAUGCUAAUUCAUAAUGAAAAUUUGAAUCAUAUUCAAGAGUAUUAAUGAAAAAGCCGUUUUAUCAACCUAAGAGAUAUUUUACGAAAGAUGAAAGAUACAGAGGUGCCUUUCGAUGAUGAACUUUAAAAUAAUAUAAUCGAAGUUUAUUUUUCAGGCUCAUAAGACAAAUUUUUGGUUAAUAUCAAGGAGAAACCACUGUUAGCAACUGAAAAGAAUAAUUCAUAUAGAAUCUUCUUUAUGCUUAAUGAAAUUGAAAAAUCAGUUCCUUAUCUAGCGUCCCACUUAUAAUUUUUAAGUCGAUUUUAAUGAUAAGGAGAACACUGUACCCAGGCUUUCAAUCAAUAUAUUCGAUCAUUUUGGGUAAAUAUCCCGUCCUACCCCCAUAGGGGAUUAAGGGCUAGUUUUGGAAGGAAAAUGUGAAAAAUUACCUCAGAAGUGAUGAUCUUAUGUCGAAAGAGCACCCCUGCUCAGUUCAUCACUUCUCUGAAUCCAUCCCCUCAGAAUACUGCGAUUAAUUUAGAUGAAUAUCGAUACACCUCCUUUGUUGAAAGAAUUAUUCCAUUGCGUUUUGAAGCGUCCAUUCGUAAAUCUAAAAAAAAAUGGCUAUGAAACUAAAGCUAUUCACCCAAAAACACAAAGUUAACAUUCUGCACAUGUCUGUAUUUGUGCUUUUUCAUAUUUUGCAUACGAUUUCACUUGUGAGGAAUAUGUAGAUAUAUGUGUGACGUGGACAUAACAUUAUAUCUACCAUUCAAAAAGAAAAUUUAUUCAUGUAAUAUAAUGAAAAACAAUAGUAUUACGACAUACAUACAUAUAAUUUUUCUAAGCAAUCGUUGUUUUUAGGGGUAGCUAUUGAUAUAUUUAAGAUUUAGUUUAUAAGCUUUGCGAAGAAUUAAAGCGAUUUCGAUUUAA